AGUAUUCUACAGUACAAUAGCAUUUAAUUCACUGUGACUAAUUUCCUGUGCAAUGGUGGUUUAAUGUGUAACGUCAUUCUUCGAAUAUCGUAAUGUAAUUUAAUGGGUGGCUAUAUAAAAUAUGGCAUUAUGAACACUAGGUUAUUUCUGCCUUCCUUUCUCACACAUCUGAUUUCUGUAUCACACAAAAGGAUUAAAGGUGUAGGAAUAACGCGCAAUCGCUCAUUUACAACAAUGGAAGAUCUGGACAGGGGCAAUCAUGAUUGUGCAUUCAUAGACAUAGGUGCAAACCUUGUUGACAAAAUGUACAAAGGAGUUUAUAACGGGAAAAUAAGACAUGUACCGGAUCUGGCAGGGGUAAUAGAAAGAGCUAGGAAAUCGGGAGUUGUAAAAAUGAUUCUGACAGCUGGAACUCUCGGUGAUGUCUACGAGUCACUAGAAAUAUGUAGAGAAUAUGAUCACACUGGUGCCUCAUUAUUCACAACCGCUGGUGUCCAUCCUACCAUGUGUAAUGAAUUUAUCAAGAACAAGUUUCAUAUGACAGCACAAGAAUACAUUGAUGCUCUGGAUGAUGUCAUCACGCAAAAUAGAGAUCGUAUCAUUUGCAUAGGCGAAUUAGGACUUGAUUACGAUCGCUUGAAUUGGUGUGAAAAGGAAACGCAAAAAAAGUACUUUGAGAUGCAACUGAAUCUGGCUGAGAAACAUAGUCUCCCUCUUUUUUUACAUAUGAGGAAUGCCACAGAAGAUACGAUCGAUAUAUUAAUGCGGAAUAAGGAUAAGUGGAUCAAGGGUGGAGCAGUAUGUCACAGCUUUACUAGCGAUGCUGAAUCAUUGCAAAAGCUCAUUGACCUGGGAAUGUACAUAGGAAUAAAUGGUUGCUCCCUGAAAACAGCAGCAAACUUAGAAGUGUUAAGACAAAUUCCUCUCGACAGAAUUAUGUUUGAAACUGAUUGUCCAUGGUGUGGAAUAAAGGCAACGCAUGCCAGCAUCAAAUAUGUUAAGACAAUGUUCCCCGUUGUAAAAAAGGCAGAGAAGAUGACAGGAGAUACAAUAUUUAACCAAAGAAACGAGCCUUGUUAUAUAAUACAAGUGGCCGAAGUAGUACACCAGAUUGUUGCACCAGAGCUAGAUUUCAAAGAAUUUUGCAACAAAAUCUAUGAGAACACAGUGGCACUUUUCAAGGUGAUGGCCUAGAAAGCCAUAACACAUAGCCUAACACUGACAAAUACUUUACACAUC